AUAAAGCCUCGUUCUGGCAGGCCCUCUGGACAUCUGCACAUCUGCGUUUCUAUCUGCUACUGCUUCUGCAGCUGUCAACCCUUCCUUCCUAUUUGGGCCUCUUUACGCUAAGCCUCUUUCUGACAGGCAAGGCCCAGUGAAUGUAGACAAGUGCCCUCCUUCCUGUUUUGUCAGUUUGUCUGCCUCUGGUCUUCUCUUACCCCCCCCAUCCUCCCCUCCCCUCUGUCUGUCUCAAAACGCGUCUCUCUUCCUCCCCCUACCUCCUCAAGAAACUCCUCAAUCCAUCUAUCAACUGAAGAAAGGGUAUCAUUCCUCACUGAAGCUGCCUUCCUCUUAAUAACCUCCCAUCUCUCUUCUUUUCCGUCCUGCUAAAGACUGCAAUCUAAGCUUGUGCACCAGCUUUCUUAGUCACAGUAUACUUUUCUUUUUCAUAUGCGGUUCUGGUUAUCGAUUAUUGUCAACUGAACCAUGUACACCUCUUCAGCGUCCACACCUGUCAACCAGGACGAAAAGGUGCAUGAAUUUGAAGGAUCAUCUGGCACUCAUGCUGAGGAUGUACCAACCCAUACGGAGAAGAUCGACCUUCCCCACCCAACCCGUCAUCCCCACUGGCAAACAGGACCAGAAGGCCUCGUGUCAGAAGAGGAAAAUGCUGAUGACCGAAUUUUGAUCACCGAGGAAGACUGCUACGACGAGCUGGGGUACUCGUUCCCUUCCUGGAAGAAGUGGCUGAUUAUCUCCAUCAUCUUCAUCGUGCAGACAUCUAUGAACUUCAACACCAGUCUGUAUUCGAAUGCCAUUGGCGGUAUCUCAGAAGAAUUCGGGGUCAGUAAGCAGGCUGCGCGAUGUGGCGCCAUGAUUUUCUUAAUUUUGUACGCCUUUGGUUGUGAGCUGUGGGCGCCUUGGAGCGAGGAACUUGGUCGCAAACCAAUUCUUCAGCUCAGUCUGUUUCUAGUCAAUAUCUGGCAACUCCCCGUCGCCCUCGCACCUAACUUCGCGUCUAUCAUGGUUGGUCGUGCCCUGGGAGGUCUGUCCUCUGCUGGUGGCUCCGUCACUCUGGGUAUGAUUGCCGACAUGUGGGAACCCGAGGAUCAGCAAUAUGCCGUGGCCGCCGUCGUCUUCUCAUCUGUGGGUGGCUCUGUCCUCGGUCCUGUUAUCGGUGGCUUUUCUGAGGCUUUCCUGGAUUGGCGCUGGAGUAUCUGGAUUCAACUUAUCUUCGGGGGGUUUGCGCAGGCGGUACACCUCUUGUUCGUCCCCGAGACUAGAACUACAGUUCUGAUGGAUAAAAUUGCCAAGAGAAGACGGAAAUCUGGAGAGAACCCAAAGCUCUACGGACCUAACGAAUUAGUGCCGUUUAGUGAGCGAUUCUCCAUGCGUGAGGUUUUGAUCACCUGGAUUCGUCCCUUCAGGAUGUUCCUGACCGAGCCUAUCGUCAUGACCCUCUCUCUGCUGAGUGGUUUCAGUGAUGCCCUUAUCUUCAUGUUCAUCCAGUCAUUCUCCUUGGUGUAUGGUCAAUGGGGAUUCAGUACCGUUGCUCUGGGUCUAUCGUUCAUUCCUAUCCUUGUCGGUUAUCUCAUUGGCUGGUUCUCGUGGUUCCCCAUCAUUAAACGCAAUGUCGAGGAACGACGCCGAAAGCCGGAUGAUGAGAGAGCCCAGUAUGAGUCCCGUCUUUGGUGGCUCCUGUACACGGCGCCGUGUUUGCCUAUUGGUUUGAUCGGUUUCGCAUGGACUAGCCUGCCCCAAACCCACUGGAUCGGGUCCAUGAUAUUUGCCGCCAUCGUCGGUGUUGCCAACUACGCUAUCUAUAUGGCCACCAUUGACUAUAUGAUCUGUGCCUAUGGUCCUUACUCCGCCUCGGCAACCGGUGGUAACGGGUGGUCCAGAGACUUUCUGGCCGGUGUUCUUACCGUCCCAGCAACACCCUUCUUUGAAAGUGAGUGUGACAUCAAAUUCGUCAAGCAUUUUCCUUUGUGGCGCUGUCAGACGGUACUGACUGUAAACUGUUAGACAUCGGUGGCAAGUAUCACCUUGAAUACGCAUCUACGAUCUUGUGUAAGUCCCACCACUUCCCAGCCCACUCCGGGGUCCAAAACUGACAGCCUUCUGUUCCAUAGUCUGCAUCUCGUUCGUUCUCGUGCUCGCUGUGUAUGUCAUUUACUGGUAUGGACCGGCCCUCCGGAAGAGGUCGCCAUUCGCCCAACAGCUUUCCGAUGCACGGAAGGAAAUAAACGCUCGACCUCAGAUCUCUGCUCUUCAAUCCUCGAGGGUCAGCUCGUACGCAAGAUCGCAGCAGAGCCUUCGUGUCCAUCAGGCCUUUGGAAGCCGCCAAGGUAGCUACAUCGCCUCGCGGGGGAACUCUAGAGUAAACUCUCGAGCCAACUCCCGAGUGAACUCGGCAACUAAUUCCCGGGCGAACUCGCGUCGGAACAGUCUCGAGACUUCCUAACCGGUCUAUAUCAUGACCUGUAUUGCUGCUGAAAGGAUAGCCUAAGCCGAAGGGGAUUUCGUGUACUAAUUAAUCCAGCUGGAAGGAGAGGGAAGGCUGUAUAGGCAGGUAGUUUGGCGGAGACGCCGGCAAUGAAAUUCAGGAGCAGUUCUGCAACAUAGUCAUACAUUGUAGACUAUAAAACAGGCAAUCAUGUCAGUAUGCUUCGAAGCCGUACGAUUACACGUCCUCAGAUAGCUGCACGCUCCGGAUUCAUUGAUUCGAAAUCUUCCUUUGCGAGCUCCUGUUUUGGCGGAGGAAGGGCGCCCCUUAGCAUAGAAAAGAGAUUUGGAAGUUCUUUGUCAAGCUCUUCUGUUGGACACAAAGCCUCCCUUGUUUGGGAGAUACCGCGCCAUGUUCGCCCUGCCCAAAUAUAGACAUUACAUGACCCAGCGGACUCCGGC